AUGUGUGCUGCAGGUGUAAAAGUAGUUAACGACUACACGAUGAUCUAUUCAGGCGCACCACAUGAAAUGAAAACACGAAAGGCUCAUGGUGUCGCAAUAUGUCUUGAUCAAGCUGCUGCAAAGGUUUGGAAAGAUUCUGGAAGUGAAUGGGAGCCAAUCAGUGAACGCAUUGUAAAAAUUAGAUUAAAAUGCACUCCUAUUCAUAUUACAGUAAUCGCUGUCUACUCUCCAAUCAAUCCAACAACAAAGGAGAUGGCUAAUCAAAGCGAUAAAUUUUACUCGGAUCUGCAAGAUACAAUAAAUAAUGUGUCAACAAAGGAUAUGAUUAUUAUCAUGGGCGAUCUAAAUGCUAGAGUUGGGCAAAAACAACAACAACAUAUAGCAAAAAGCAGUGUCGGUCCAUUCACAGUGGACGUUGAAAAUGAAAACGGCACGAGACUCACUGAUUUCUGUGAGAUCAACAAUAUCAAAGUAUCAAACACAUUUUUCAAGCAUAAGUUGGUACAUCAAACAUCUUGGAUGCAUCCAAGAAACAAAAUAUGGCACAUGAUUGAUUACACACUUGUGAACAAGAAGUUCAGAUCGAGCGUCGAGGACGUUCGAAUGUUUAGAAGAGCAGCAGGGGCAAUAGGAACAGAUCAUCAUCUAAUGCGUGUCAAGAUUAGGAUGCAUCUAAAGAGCAGAAGAAAAAAUGUCAAUCUGAAGAAAAUGAACGUUGAUAGUACUAAACUAAAGGAUGACAAACUACUAGAAGCGUUUCAAAAAGAUCUUCGUGACACAAUUGAUGCUACAAGUGAUGACACAAUCAACAUUGAUGAGAGAUACCAGCUGUUCUUAUCGCAGCUAAAAGAGAAAGCCGAACAACACUUUCCAGUUGACAAAAAUUCGAAUAGAAAAAGAAAAGAAUGGUUGACAACCGACAUUCUAAAAAUUGUAGAUCAAAAAGCACAAGCAUUCAUUGAAUGGCAGAAUAAUCGUGGUUCUAAAUUAGAGCCUAAAUACCAGAAAAAAUAUGAACGCCUGCGUAAAACAGCCAAAACAAUGGCUGAGCAACGUCAAGUUGAAUAUUGGGACGAAGUGUGCGAGGAUAUAGAAAAAUCUAUAAAAAACAACGAUCCCGCAACAGCGUUUUCCAUUAUAAGACGUCUCAGAGGUGGAAGUAAAAGAAUGGAAAAUAUACCAGUACAAGAUAAAAAUGGUAAACUUCUUGUGAAUUCAAGAGACACUCUGAAGCGUUGGGGUGAAUUUUUCUGUGAAACACUCAAUGUAUGUGCAUUGAUUGAUCAAAAUUUAAUAGAUCAAAUACAAAUACCUACUCUUUCAACAACUGAAGAGCAUAGACAGAAUGCUCAACCUUCUAUUGAAGAGGUGAGAAAAGCUAUAAAUCAGAUGAAAUCAAGAAAAGCUCCAGGUAGUGAUGAAGUCACAGUUGAUAUUCUAAAAGCUGGAGGUGAACCAGUAAUAAGAUGGCUCUUCUACUUCUUCACUGAUGUAUGGAAGAACGAGCAGAUGGCGAAGGAGUGGAGUAUAACAACUCUAAUCAGAUUAUACAAAAACAAAGGCGACAAGAAAGUAUGUGAUAAUUAUAGAGGAAUCGCCCUAUUGAAUGCAACUAGUAAAAUAUUCUCACGUAUUAUACUUAAUCGUAUUCAAGGUCUGAUAGAUGGUCAAUUACUAGAAAUACAAUCUGGCUUCCGAUCGAACAGAUCAACUACUGACCAAAUCUUCACUCUGAAAAUGACAAUGGAAAAAAGAAGAGAGUUCAAUAAGCCUCUAUUCAUGUGUUUCAUAGAUAUCGCAAAGGCUUACGACUCAGUCAAUCGUGAACUCUUAUGGAAAGUAUGCCUUAAUUACGGCAUCUCGGAAAAAUUGGUCAAUCUAUUAAAAAUGCUUUAUAAAGACUCGAUAGCGAAAGUCAAAGUAAACGGUGAAGUAUCGGAUACCUUCGAAAUUAAAACAGGUGUGAUGCAAGGAGGCAUCCCUUCACCAAUCCUAUUUAAUAUUCUGUUUGACUUCAUUAUUAGAAGAAUCAUUGAUGAGGCUGAUGUUACAGGAGUGAAAUUUUCGUAUGGCAGUAAUGACUUUUGUCAUGGAAGGAGCGAGAAACAUGAUGAUUUUGAUAUAUUGGCACUCUUAUAUGCAGACGACCUAGUUGUAAUGUGUGAAACCGCUAUUGAUCUAGAGAAAUUUAUUAAAUCUUUUGAAAAAGUGACUCAACAAUUUGGCUUAACCAUGAGCAUAAAGAAAACCUGCUUGAUGUCCCUACAACAACUAAAAGAAGAUCAACACAGAAAAGUGUUGAAAGGACAAAAUGUCAACUAUACUGAUAUAGAUAUAAACAUAAGAAACCAAAAAAUUGAAACAGCUGUCUCAUUCACAUACUUAGGUUGUAUCAUCACGAAUGAUCAACGUCAAGAUACAGAGCUCUUAGCACGGCUCACAAAAGCUUCUAAAGCUUUCAACAUGUUACGCCAUGCAAUAUGGCAUAGAAAGUCAGUUUCAAUCACUGCAAGACUUCGAAUCUUCAGAGCAUGUAUACUACCAGUGUUACUGUACGGUAGCGAAACUUGGGCUCUCACGAUGAAACAAGAACAGAGGAUUGCCAGUUUCUAUAACAGAUGCUUACGCACGAUUAUCGGCGUAAAUCUUGGUGAUCGAAUGUCAAGUUGGUUGUAUAGCACCCAUUCGUGUCGAACUUUGAAUGGUAUGAUGGAUAUUAUCUAA